CCAUUAAUUGAAUUCUUAAGAGUAGCUUCCCCUGUAGUCACCUUUGCCCAUGUCGUCUGCAACUUUCCCCAGAAUGAUGUGAAAACAUCACUGCAGACCCACUCUGGACAUGCCCAUAAUUCCUUAUAAACUAAAUAAUCAGUCAUGAACUUUACCCGACUGUAUGCUUCAUGCUUCUUUGGACGGUCGGUGAUUUUACAACAAGAGGCCAAAUGUCCUUUUUUUAAAAGUCCUAGUAAACGCUAUUUUCAAACUUCUGGAGGAAACGUUCCGUUAGGUCUGACCAAGGACAAACAAGAUGUCGUCAUCAGGGACAACGCAAGCGAGCCUUGUAGCAGAGCAAAGUUUUCCAUCCAUCACGGGCAGAGAAUCUGUCAGUACGAAAGUGUGAGGUUUUCCAGCAGUGUUAGUGACAAAAAAGACACUGUUUCACUGGAAGAUAUAUUCAGUACAUGGAAUCAGCAUCGUGUGCAGUCAAAACUAAAGUCGGUGAAACCGAUCCGCAGUAUAGAGCAAUUCCCGCCCCGUAAAAAUACAAAAUCCUCCGCAGUUCUUGUACCCUUAUGUACAGUGAACAAAGAACCUUCCAUAGUAUUUACUCUUCGGUCUUCUUCAGUAAGAAAACACAGAGGAGAAGUGAGCUUUCCAGGUGGCAAUGUAGAUAAACGGGAUAAAAACGUUGUUGACACAGCACUGAGGGAGACUUUUGAAGAGAUAGGAAUUCAUCCACGAUAUUUUCAUGUCUGGGGAGUGAUGCAGCCAACAAUAAACAAGGCUGGCAGCAACGUAAUCCAUCCUGUUUUAGCCUUCUGUGGGGAAAUAGAUGUUCGUACACUGACAAUAAAUUUGGAUGAGGUGGAAGAAGUCUUCACUUGCAGGAUCCAAGACCUGUGUGACAAAAGACAGAUCAAAUCAACUCAGUUUCGAACGGAUCCUGGCUAUACUCUCCCUGUGUACCUGGGUGGUGUGCACAAAAUUUGGGGAUUAUCAAGCAUAAUUUUGCAUCAGACAUUAAAACUCAUAGCUCCAGGUCUUUAUACUUAUGAACUGAAACAUAUCCCUCCAAUUAAUAGCAUUAAGAAAGUAAAAUAAGUAAUGCGUCGCUUAGAACUCUUCUGUGAUAUUCAAUCAAGUCUUUCAUCUAAUACCGUUGCUGCCUUUCUCAUUAAGAGAGAUUAUGAGUAAAUACACCUUUGUCCGGACAGGUACAGAUGUGGUCAAUAAACAUGCAUGAGAACUAUA